GACUACUAGUAAUCCCGUCAAGUCGAGCCCUCUCAAUCGCUUCUAACCACUGAACCAUUUUCCAUACCGCCAUAUCAUAUCUGAAUCUCCUGGCAAACUAUUCUUGUUGCGAAAACGACGUAUGCCCUCGUAAACCUUCCGUCUGCACACCAUGUCUUUGUCUGCGUAUCGACACCUUUGGCGCGCCGCAAGAAUCGCCUUCCAAGGCGACGAUCGAGUUCUUGCAGCUGCACAACAUCAGAUUCGCCAAGGCUUCAGAGACCAAGCCACCCUCGCACCGACAGAUUCCGCCUACAGUCAAGCUAUCCAAAAAGCCGAAGACAUUGCUAAGAUCCUCAGAGAAAACGUCGUCCAGGGCAAACAGGACGAGUCUCGUGUCUACAAGUUGCGCAUUCAUGAGGACACCGAGCGGGGCGACAACGAUUCUAUCAAGAUAGCCGGCAGCGGCAAGGCGACUAUGGGCGGAUGUGGUUGCAAUUGACGGGCGAAAAGAGUUGGAAGGUUGGAGGCCGUAUAGCAUGGCGGAGAUGCUUGUGACCGUGUAUAACAAAUCGAGUGAUACCCUUACAGUUGAUCUGGCCUUAAUCCUAUCCCAGUUUCUGGGCCCCUUUCCC